AUGGCAGAGAUAGCAGUGAAUUUUCUGCUAAGCAAGCUCGUGCCCUUUUACGAGCAUGAAGUGCAGCUAAUGAGAGGUGGGAGGCAAGGGGUGGUGUAUUUGAGAGGCGAGCUGGAAAGGAUUAGAGCCUUUCUGAGAGUUGCAGACUCGUUAGAAGAGAGUGAUGAGGAGGUCAAGGUAUGGGUCAAGCAAAUAAAGGACGUUGCUCAUGACGCCGAGGAUCUCUUGGAUGAGUUCACAAUCCUCACUGCACACAAUCAUGCCAAUAACCAAAACACCGGCAUCUUUGGUUUCCUCCACAAGCUGCACUGCUGCAUCAACAACAUGAAGGCUCGCCACCGGAUAGCUGUGGAGAUCCAAGGGAUCGUGUCAAGGAUCAGGGACGUCUCCCACGGCCACCAGAGGCUUCGUCAGAAGUUGUUCACUGCAAACAGCAGUGAUCACACGGGAGAUGAUGCCCUUUUAGUGGAGAAGAGCGAUUUGGUUGGGAUUGAUGAGCCCAAAAGGACCCUUGUGAGCUGGCUGACUAGUGGCGGUUCAGGGAGAGAAGUGAUCUCCGUCACAGGGAUGGGUGGAUUGGGGAAAACAACUUUGGUCAAACAGGUGUAUGAUCACGGAGGGGUGAAAAAGCACUUUGGUGUUCAUGCAUGGAUCGCCAUAUCCAGAUCUUACAAGAUGGAGGAGCUUCUGAAGGACAUUGUUCGACAACUGCUCACUUCAGACAGGAAGUCGAUCCCAGAACGGGUGAACACCAUGCACGUUAAUGAGUUAAAGACGAUGAUCAAAGACAUCCUCAUCAACAAAAGGUACCUCAUUGUUCUGGAUGAUGUCUGGCACACAAAUGAGUGGGAUGCUGUCAAGUAUGCUUUGCCUGCCAACGAUUGCGGAAGCAGAGUAAUGCUCACGACCCGAAAUGCUGAUCUCGCCUUUGCCUUACGAAUAGAAUCAGAAGGGAAGCUCUACAACUUGGAGCCACUGCCUCAAGAGGAGUCAUGGAUGCUUUUAUGCAAGAAGACAUUCCAAGGAAACCCAUGUCCAAACUAUUUGGAGGAUAUUUGCAGGAGCAUAUUGCGGAAGUGUGAAGGCUUUCCGCUGGCGAUUGUGGCAGUCAGUGGAGUUAUAGCAACUAAAGACAAGAGAAGGAUUGAUGAACUGGAGAUGGUGAGAAGAUGCCUUGGUGCUGAAAUUGAUGGGAACAACAAGCUCAAGAACUUGAAGAAGGUUCUUUCUCUGAGCUUUAACGAUCUUCCGUACCACCUGAAAUCAUGCUUCCUCUACUUGAGCAUCUUUCCGGAGGAUUAUCGUAUCAAGCGCAUGAGGAUCAUUCGCCUGUGGGUUGCCGAAGGGUUCAUGGAAGCAAAACAUGGAAAGGAAUUGGAAGAUGUUGCAGAGGACUACCUGAAUGAGUUGUUGAGCAGAAGCCUUUUGCAAGUCGCAGAGUGGAGAAGCGACGGAAGGGCAAAGACUUAUCGGAUUCAUGACCUGGUGCGCGAGAUCAUCAUCUCAAAGUCAAGAGAGCAGAACUUUGCAGUGGUUGCUAAAGAUAAGAACAACAUCAUGCUACCAGACAAAAUCAGGCGGCUCUCCGUACACAACACCCUACAAAAUGUGCAGCAAGAAAACAGGUCAUUCUCUCAGCUGAGGUCUUUAUUCAUGUUUGGAGUGGCGGAACAACUGCCUCUACAGGCUCUAACUCCAAGUGGGUUUAUGCUCCUUAACGUCUUGGAUUUGCAAGGGACAUCCCUGAAGAAUUUCCCAGUUCAAGUCAUGAACUUGUAUUACCUCAAGUACCUCAGUUUGAAGAACACCAGAGUGAGCUCCGUCCCUCCAUAUAUAGGAAAGCUUCAGCUCCUCGAGACCUUGGAUUUGAAGCACACUAAUGUCACGGAAUUGCCUCCCAACAUCUUGAAGCUCCAAAAGCUAAGUCACUUGUAUGGAGAUUUUGACUCCAAAACUGGUUUCAAAGCUCUUGACAAGAUAGGGGAGUUGAAGUCUCUACAAAAGCUUUGCUUCAUCGAGGCAAGCAGUGGAAGUGAUGGCCUAAUGACAGAGUUGGGCAAACUAGCUCAGCUAAGAAGGCUCGGUGUCCUGAAGCUGAGGAAGAAAGAUGGCAAAGCUCUAUGCUCCUCAAUCGAAAACCUAAUCAAUCUUCGAGCUUUGUCCUUGAUGUCAAUAGAAGAAAAUGAGAUCCUUGACCUCCAACACAUUUUCUCCCCUCCCCCGCUUCUUCAGAGGCUCUACUUGGCAGGUAGAUUGGAGAUGUUACCGCACUGGAUACCUAACCUUCAUAGCUUGGUCAGACUUCAUCUUAAAUGGAAUCGACUUAACGAAGAUCCUCUGGAAUCUCUCCAAGUUCUUCCAAACCUUGUUCACCUUGAACUCUUACAGGUUUAUGAAGGGGAAACUCUGCAUUUCCGCGCUGGCGGGUUCAAGAAGCUGAAGCUAUUGGGUAUAGACAAAUUUGAUGGACUGAGGCGCAUUUUAAUAGAUGUUGGAGCAAUGCCAUGUGUGGAGAAGCUAUGGAUCCAGAGGUGCAAGUUACUGGAAGAAGUGCCACUAGGGAUUGAACACUUGACCAGACUAAAGGUUUUGGAGUUCUUCGACAUGCCUCAGGAUUUGAUCAAGACAUUGUCGCUGAACGAACCUGAGGGAGUUUACUCGAGAGUUGCCCACAUCCCAGAAGUUUAUGCUACAUAUUGGAGGGAAGCUGGCUGGGAGGUCCAUUCUCUAGAUAGUUGCAACUGCUCGCCUAGGCCGAAUCAUGUAAUCAGAAAUGAAGAGCUCCAUCCUCGCUGGAAAUAA